AUGGCGAUGGAGAUGAGGCUCCCGGUCGCUCGCAAGCCUCUUAGCGAGAGUCUGGGCCGCGAGACUAAGAAACACCUGGUGGUGCCGGGGGACACCAUCACCACGGACACGGGCUUCAUGCGGGGCCAUGGGACUUACAUGGGGGAAGAGAAACUUAUUGCAUCUGUGGCUGGUUCUGUGGAAAGAGUAAACAAGUUGAUCUGUGUGAAAGCUUUGAAAACCAGAUACAAUGGUGAAGUAGGUGACAUCGUAGUGGGGAGGAUCACAGAGGUUCAACAGAAGAGGUGGAAGGUGGAGACGAACUCCAGGCUGGAUUCUGUCUUGCUUCUGUCAUCCAUGAACCUUCCAGGAGGAGAGCUGAGGAGAAGAUCCGCAGAAGAUGAGCUGGCCAUGAGAGGUUUCUUGCAGGAAGGGGACCUUAUCAGUGCUGAGGUGCAGGCAGUGUUCUCUGACGGAGCUGUUUCCCUGCACACGAGGAGUCUGAAAUACGGAAAACUAGGCCAGGGUGUUCUAGUCCAGGUUUCCCCCUCCCUGGUGAAGCGGCAGAAGACUCACUUCCAUGACUUGCCUUGUGGUGCCUCAGUGAUUCUGGGUAACAAUGGCUUCAUCUGGAUCUACCCUACGCCUGAGCACAAAGAAGAGGACGCAGGGGGCUUUGUUGCAAACCUGGAGCCUGUCUCCCUUACUGAUCGAGAGGUGAUCUCCCGGCUUCGGAACUGUAUCGUCUCGCUGGUAACUCAGAGGAUGAUGCUGUAUGAUACCAGCAUCCUGUAUUGCUAUGAGGCAUCCCUUCCACAUCAGAUUAAAGACAUCUUAAAGCCAGAAAUAAUGGAAGAAAUUGUGAUGGAAACGCGUCAGAGACUUUUAGAACAGGAGGGAUAAGCAGAAGCAUCUGAAGGACAGGACUGUGUACCUGACAGAGCAGUUCUUGAAAGUGAAGAAUCUGAGUUGUAGUUCCGUGUGUGGCUCCGAAACUCAUCAUGGACCUACAUUGGGCUGCCUCCAGCCACAGACCUGCUUUCUUCUGUUCGAAGGCCAAACCUGGGAGAGGUGAACUGUGCUGCUGGUCCCUUGGGCUGCCUGCAGAUCCUAGCACUUGGGUGGUUUUGGGUCUUUAAAAGUACACAGUGUUCCAAGUGGACUCCCAUCCUGGAAUAAUACAAAGAAUCUUUCCUUUUCUACUUAACCAUCAAUUCACAAAGCACAGUGCCUCAAGAAAUUGCCUUUAUAGCUUGGCUGGUAUGGCUUAGUGGUUGAGCAUCGACCCAUGAACCAAGAGGUCCCUGGUUCGAUUCCUGGUCAGGGCACAUGUCCAGGUUGCAGAUAUGAUCCCCAGUAGGGUGCAUGCAGGAGGCAGCCAAUCGAAGUCUCCCUCUCUCAUCAAUGUUUCUAUCUCCCCCUCUCUCUAAAAUCAAUAAAGUAAAAACAACAACAAAAAUGGCUACUUGACCCCAAAUAGUCUGUUUUGGUUUCCAUUCCCACCUCCUCUGCAGUACAAGUACAACAUUGAAGAAUAUAGUUGGUAAGGUUAACCCAGCAGUCAGAGAAUAAACUUAACCAAGCAGCCUUUUGCUGGGUUGGAAUCUUCCCUUCGCAUGUUCCUUCUGGUGAUAGAUUCAAGUGCAGCCACACCAGGCUGCCUUAUUCUGUCCUGCCAUUGAGGGUGAUUUGUAAGAAGUUGAAUUAUCGAUAACAGAAUGAAUGUUUUGGAUGUUCCUCCUAUAAUUGAAGUAGCAAUGCAUUAACUUUU